UAUGACUUGUCUGCGUCUCAAUUUUCACCGGACGGACGCGUAUUUCAAGUAGAAUACGCACAGAAAGCCGUGGAGAACGGAGGCACAGUGAUAGGAUUGAGAGGCAAGGAUGGUGUGGUGUUUGCUGUCGAGAAGAUAGUUACAUCGAAGCUGUAUGAGCCUGGGACGAAUAAAAGAAUAUUCAACAUAGACCAACACGUUGGGAUGGCCGUGUCCGGCCUGAUCUCCGAUGCCAGGCAAAUCGUAGAGAUCGCUAGAUCAGAAGCGUCUAGUUACAAAAAUCAAUACGGAGUUGGGAUACCACUCAAGUAUUUAAAUGACAGAGUGUCGAUGUACAUGCACGCGUACACUCUUUACUCAGCGGUCAGGCCUUACGGCUGUUCCGUGAUUCUUGGUGCUUAUGAACACGAUGGACCAGUUAUGUACAUGAUCGACCCUUCCGGUGUUUCGUAUGGUUACUACGGCUGUGCUGUUGGUAAAGCUAAACAGUCGGCGAAAACGGAAAUCGAGAAAUUGAAGUUGUCCGACAUGACGUGCAACGAACUGGUGAAGGAAGCAGCGCGGAUAAUUUAUCUCGUCCACGACGAAUUGAAAGACAAACAGUUCGAAUUGGAGAUGAGCUGGGUCGGAAAGCACACGAACGGCAAACACGAGCGCAUACCGGCGGAUGUAAAAGCGGAGGCCGAGGCUAAAGCGAAGCAGGCGAUGGCGGAGGAUUCGGACAGCGACACCGAGGACAUGUGAAUCGCCUUUAAAAAGUCGCCCAAUUAAUUUUUAUAUUAUAAGUUGUAAUUUAAACACACGAAAUCGCUAAUACAGUCAAAUAAAAAACACCGUCUAUUGUUUAUAAA